GAGGCUUUGAGACAGCGCUAGAACAGACAGUGAGCGGAGAGAAAGAGGCUUUGGAGGAUAUAGAGAUAGAAGAUAGGCUGGGAAAAACAGUGGGAAUGACACUUUAAGUGAAAUAGAGAGUCAACCAGACGAAGUACAUCAGAGAGCUCUCCUUCCAUCUCUAACUACUCCUCUUCUGUCCUGGUCCUGGCUGCUGCUGGUGUGUUUGUGUGUGUCAAGGCUCCAUGGUGUGUCUUAACCAGAAGACUGGCUUACACAGAUGCCUCACUCAGUGGUGGAGUCUGCAGUGAAUAUCUGAAACCCCAUCUUCCUCCUCCUGUGCGGCCAACAUGUCCCAGCUGCUCCAUGUGGAGAUCCCGAACUUUGGAGCCACAGUUCUGGGCUCCCUUAAUGAGCAGCGCCUGCUGGGACACUACUGCGAUGUAUCCAUCCUGGUCAAAGGUCAGGCAUUCAAAGCCCACCGGGCCGUUUUGGCUGCCAGCAGCCUCUACUUUCGUGACCUCUUCAGCAGCUCCACCAAGACCCAGUUUGAGUUGCCCUCCUCAGUCACACCUGCUUGCUUUGAGCAGAUCCUCACUUUCUGCUAUACAGGGAAGCUAACGAUGGCAGCUAGCGAACAGCUGGUGGUCAUGUACACAGCUGGCUACCUCCAAAUUCAGCAUAUAGUUGAAAGAGGCAUGGACCUAAUGUUCAAAGCCAACUCACCUCACUGUGACUCGCAAACAGCAGGGUCCUUAGAGGAAACAGGAUCCGAACCGCAGAGUCCUUCUAAUAAUGGCAAUGGCCUCGCAGUGGCCACCCUUUUGGGAACCCCGGGCUGGUCUCCAUCCCUACUCUUGCCGCAGCGUAAGAUAAAACUAGAAGUGGGUGACCAAACACCUCUGACAAUACCCUCAACGCAAAGCAAGAUUUCAUCUUCGGAGUUGGGGAGUCGGCUGGCGAGGGCCAGUUCAUUGUUCUACACAACGGCUGGAGGGACCCCCAUCCCCGGGUUGCCUCCAUACCACCUUCAAGGGGCCGGCGGAGGUGGAACAGGAGGAGGAGCAGGAAUUGAAAGGUCCAGUCCUGGAGCGUCCAGCUUGCCCACCACUGACAGUCCUACAUCCUACCAGAAUGAGGAUGAGGAGUUUGAGGAAGAGCCCUAUGACGGGAUCACAGAGGAUGCCUACAGUCAUCUCUAUGGACGUUCUGCUAACCCCUAUGGGAUCCAGGACAAGCCAGAGAUGGCAGCGGUGCCCUUGGCCUUGGAGAACCGCAACUGCGUGCUGAUCCGCCGGGACCUGGUGGCGCUGCCUGCAAGCCUCAUCAGCCAGAUAGGCUACCGCUGCCACCCGAAGCUCUACACAGAGGGGGACCCUGGGGAGAAGCUGGAAUUGGUAGCUGGUACACAGGUGUUCAUGACUCGAGGCCAGCUGAUGAAUUGUCAUCUAUGUGCCGGUAUCAAACACAAAGUCUUGCUCCGCCGUCUGCUAGCCACAUUCUUUGAUAGAAACACUUUAGCCAAUAGCUGUGGGACAGGUAUCCGUUCUUCUACUAGUGACCCCAGUAGGAAACCCCUGGACAGCAGGGUCCUCAACGCUGUAAAACUCUACUGUCAAAAUUUCAACCCUAACUUCAAGGAGAGUGAAAUGAAUGUGAUUGCUGCUGACAUGUGCACAAAUGCGAGGCGUGUCCGCAAGCGAUGGCUGCCCAAGAUCAAGUCAAUGCUGCCUGAUGGCAUGGAGGUGUACCGUGCAGGAAUGGGAAUGGGCGCUGCUGUGGGUCUGGGCCUGGCACUGGGUGCCCCUCAAUCAGGUGUACCCCUCCACUUCGAGCCUGACUUCAAGACCCUAGAGCAAAGGUUGUAUCCAGAUCGUAAGGACCCUCUCAGGACUCACCCACCGCUGACAGAGGACAGCCCUGGGUCUGGGGCAGCUGGAGCAGAGGCUGAAGGUGAAGGUGAAGGAGUCGCCCCGGAGGAACAGGAAGAAGAUGAGGAUGAAGCUGGGUUAGAAGGUGUAGAUGGAUCACUGGGGGCGCCAAGUUUGAUCCCGGGGGCUGAGGCAGGCAGUUGUGGUGACACGCCGCCUGAGCAGGAAGUGGAAAGUUUUGGACAAGGUUUGAGGGUAAAUGGACAGUAAAUGUCCUUUUGGGCUGCCCCUCACAUUGUGAAAUCUGUUAAACACCACAUUUUCUUUUGCUUGCAUCUCGUCCACCACUCUUUCUUCUCCUGUGUGCUUCCUCAACAGGAAUUAUCAGCAGAAAAUGCUGCGCUCGUUGAUCUUACUAACAGAAAUUUGUCACACAUGCAUGCGCACAUGUGUGCUUGUGUACACGCAUAUUUACUGAUAAUGGAAGUAGACACAGGCAUGGCAUUAGCACAUUGAGAAAAUCAAUGAUUUCUGCUCCACCCUUUUCUUCGUAUAUUCAGUAUUUACUCAGUAUUUCAGCACCUGCAGCAAUAUCACAAAGGCCUGAUAGCAGAACAAAUGGCUUUAAUGAUUCAUGAUUUCAGUGCAAUACAAAAGCAACAGCUGCUUUGCUGGCAGUUUAUGGAGUGUGGUAUAAUGGGUUGUAAAAUGAUUCCGUUUUCUUGGGAAGCUGCAUCUGAAAAUAAACCAUGUAACCUUGAAAAAACAGAUCAGAGAAACACAGCUCUCUUAAAAAGCAUCUUAUUUUUCUUGACCACUUUACAUCAUAUUCUUGUAUGAUAAAUAUGUGUGGAUAUAUAACAAAGAUUGUCUUAUAAUUAAAGGACAAAUACUGUAUUAGCACCAUGAAACUAAACAAUUUUUAUUUACUUUUAAAACAGCAUGUUGUUUAAGGAUAAAGAUGAGGAAAGGUUUUUCUGAGAAAGCUGAAGACUUUCACAAUCUAACAAAUAAUCUAUCACAUGGAGUUGUUUUUUCAUGCAUAUUUGCCCGUGACACAUUGGGUUAGACUGUCAGUGUGAUGCCUGUGUCUGCUCCAGACAGCCCCUCCCAAACACACACACAUACAGAUACAUACACACACACACACACACACACACACACACACACACACACACACACACACACAUGUGCGCACAUUUCCCACCUUAUGAUACGAGCCUUUAAUAUCUGCACCAAUGCAUUGAAAA